AUGUCAAAACAUGCCACUGUAGCCAAGCACUGCAGCACGUUGGUAAGUUUUUGCUUUUUUAUUCUGUUAGUACUAUAUAGUACGUUCAGAACGUACUAUUUAGUAAGUGUAUAAAAUUUUUGGAUUUAGUACUACAUUUUAUGCUCUAAAAGAUGUAUAUUAUAUUUUUUUGAAUGCAAUUUUUAUUUAUUUUUGAAAAUUGGAUUACUGUAGGAUUACUGUAACAAAAUUUUUUCACUAAAAAUAUGAUUUCAGCUUCUCCUACUGUUAGCCUGUAUAUGCCAUGCCGAAUCGAACAGUAAAACAGCACCAUUGGCUAAAUCGCCUCCCCUACAGCCUAAACUCCAAACCAUCGAUGGGACCAGCCAGAUCACAGGUAAAGCUGCUCAACAUCUUAUGCAACAUCAUGAGGCUCUGAAGCAACAAAAGGGUACUGUAAUAUCCGUUAAUCAUGGUCAUUCUGUACCACAUGGACAAAGUGUACCACAUGUAGUACCAAAUGGUCAAGCUGUACAACGUAUUGUACCAAAUGGCCAAGCUGUACCACAUAUAGUACCAAAUGGCCAAGCUGUACCACAUAUAGUAGCAAACAGCCAACCAAUACUGCAUACAGUACAAGGUGCUCAGUCAGUACCUCAUUCAGUACUAAAUGGUCAAUCUCAUUCCGUACCAAACGGUCGCUCUCUACCAGUACCAACUAAGCCUCAAGUACCAGUUAAUGGUCAAUCUACUGUCCUUGUUAACAAUGGUCAACCACUGUUAGAUAGCGGCGUAGAUAAUAAAAAAGUGAGCCAAAAGCUGAGCCAGAAGGCGGCUUCAGAAGGACUACCUUCAUCAUUCCGCCAGGCUUCACAACAAGGUGGUAAAGGUAAGACAAGCAAUGAAAAUUUGGAAAAUACCCCCCCACCCCGCCCAGGAGGCUUUUUUUAGAAUUUUUUUAGGUCUUUUUAAAUUUAAAAUAUCGAAAAAAAAAGUUUUGGGCUUGGUAACUAUGCUCCAGUAAUUUUACCCCUCCCUCUUCUAAACACUGACCAGUCUUGGCUUACUUAGUCAGUUUAUGACAUUAUGUUACACUAGCCCUUUCAAGGCCUUAAAUUACCCUUUAAAACCCAAUAAUAUCGACCUCCAAUAAAACUCUACAUUAUCCACCCCAACCUUCAGACAAAACCCAGCCAGGAAGCAAAGCUCACGGCUACCAAACCCAACAAUACGCGUCGACCGAAGGCGGUUCCUGUGGCGCUGGAUCGUGUGCCAAUGGAGUAAAUGGUGGCUAUGGAGGCCAACAAUUCUCCAGCAUCGACUACAACCCACUUCUGGCCGGCGGUGUUCCUGGUGGACCUGGAAUCAAGGCUAGAAUCAAUUCGAGAGGAUUUCAGUAUGCUUCGGCUUUGAUUGCACCAAUCUUGGAUCAACAGAUCAGAAGGGCCAGGAUUCCGACCAUUACGCAGAGAAUUGAGCAGGUAAUUAGAGAUAAGACUACUAACAAAUAAAAAAUGUUUUAAGACUACUAUUAUUAUACCAAUUUUAUAAUAGAAUGGCACAUACUAGACUUAUAUGUUAAAACAGUAAAUUGGCGCCAAAUUUAAACGUUGAUUUUUAUAAAAUUCAAGAAUUGAAUCCUCUAAAAUAGAAAUUUAAGCUUAAAGUCUAGAAAUAUUAAUAAAAUUGAUAAAUUCGAAUCAAAUCUUGCUCAAACUGUGGGCUUUACAAGCCUUUCACCUAGGGGUGAGAAACGGGCCGUCUAGGCCCGGCCCGGCCUUGAGCAAAAACUGAAACGGGCCGGGCUCGCAAAAAAAUAUUUUAAAUUUUUAAAAAUUUUUUAUUUCAAUCCCCGUUGAUGUUUUAUGAUUUUAUUGUGUACUAUGAUCCAUAAAUGAUCUGAAAGAACAAUGUGAAGCCUUAAUUUCCGUUUAUUUUUUAAGUUUUAAAAUUUUUUAAAACGGGCCGGGCCUAGAAAUUUUCUGUCCGGGCCGGCCUGAGAGAAAAAUGAAAACGGGCCGGGCCUAAAGGUUGGGCCCCGGGCCUAAAAAGUGGGCCCGGCCCUUUUCUCACCCCUACUUUCACCUUUCUUUUUUACAUUUUCAAACACUUCGUCUAAAUUUAUAACGAAAUGUCAACGAAUUUAUCGGAAAAGACUUGGACGUUCUCUUCCUGUUUUCUUCGGUUUUCGACUAGUUUUUGUUGAUUUGCCGGUGAUGAAACGUUCAAGACAUUGAUAUUCUUUAGUGAAUAUGAUCGUUUAUGUUAUUGGAAGGUUUUAUGAGCAUUUGUUCAGGGAUUUCAAACUUUUUUUAAGGAUUUUAAUGGUUUUAGGUAAUAAAAUAGAAAAAAGCUUGAGGAAACGGCUAAAAUGUUGGUGUAAAAAUGGUUUUUGGACAAAAAUAUAGUAUUGAAAUUUAACACACGCACAUAAAAUAUCCGUAUUUUACAAUUCAAUCAAAUUUAAUAUCUUAUCUACUUUAUCCUAUGCCUGAAAAUUAAGCUUUCUGUUUGAAAACUUGAAAAAAUGGCACUUCAACCUAUGAUAAUAUAAAAUAUUGUCGUUUUAAAAUUAAAUUAAUAUAUUUUCAGAUCAAUGGCUGUAUUACCGUUUACAAUUUGUACGUUUCACGAUACAGAUGUCCUCAACGUGUUGUUCUUUAUCCAGCGCCUCCAAACCAAAUCGUUCUCGCGGUUCAAAACUUGGAUGUCGGGUAGGAGUUUUACUGUUUUUGAACUUGUUGUAUUGUUUUUAACCUUGGUGUGAUGUUAUUAAUAUGUGAAAAGGAUGUGUUUCGGUUUUAAAAUUAAUAUUUUGGAUUUAAUUUCAAAAAGAAAAAGGAAAAGUUCGAAAAAGAGGAACAUAAAUUGUGGUAUACCUCAAGGUGGUGAUGACAUCUUUAAUAUUGUCAUAACUUUUUUCAAAAAUAAGGUAGAAAUAUGAAUUUUUGUGGGAUUAGAGACUAUUGUCUUUGUCAACUAACGACGUUUAAAAUUUUUUAAAUUCUUCAUAGUAAUAGAGUUAUAGAGGUUUGUCGCACACCUAUUUUUUCAAAUUUCAAAAAAAAAUUGAAAAACAAGCUUUUCAACUAAAUUUGUAAAUGUUUGGUUAAUACGUGUUUUAAAGCAUAAAAAGUUAUGUAUUCUCAAAAAGUUUCAUAUUUCUAGCUAGUUUUUUGGCUUGGUAUCACCUGAUUGACAUUUAAAAAAAUGAAAAAGUUCGAGUAUUCUUGAAUUUUUUUGUUUUUCCUGAAUUUUUAUGCUUUUUAAACCUUUGAAGAUGAGUAUACUGAUAACUAUGAAAUCACCAAACAUUUUAAUAUAUUUUCAAUAACUUUCAAAUUUCAGAGUAACUGGAAACUUGGCCGGAACAGCGAAUAUCUUGAUUCCAAUCCCAAUCUCUGGAAUAAUCGAAGUGAAUGCUCACCAAGUGUCAGUCACAGUAGCAUUGGUUGUGGAGCGGGCUGCUACUGGUGGUAUUAGACUUAGACUUGCUAGCUGUCAAGCAUCCAUUGGCUAUCUUGAUGCUUACAUUGUAAAUGGUGGACUUAUCGGUGACUUGGCUAACGGAAUGUUCAGAGUAUGUUUUAGAUGUUUGUUUAGUAAAUGUGGGCACAAAAGGCUAGGAGUUGUGUUUGGAAAGGUUAAGGGAUUGAUUUCUUUUGAAAAGUUAUAUGAUUAUACUGUUAGGCUAUGAUAAUAUGCAACUUUUUACUAUUUUAACCACCAUUUCAGGGUCAAAUCUCUAGCCAAAUUCGUAACAUGCUCCCAGGCGAACUCUGCAACCGACUUCCAGGAAUUCUGGAUUCAGAAGUCAACUCUAAGCUUGGUGGAAUCCCACAAUCCAUCUCCCUCACCCAAAUUCUCAGCGCUGUCGGUGGAGCUAUGGGAAUUCAAUCACUGUUGGCUGGAGCGGCCGCUGGCGGUAGUGGUGGUCAAUGUCCAUCUAGGUGUGGUGGAGGAGGUGCACCAGUACAAGCACCAAUAUCAGCACCAAUUUCUGCCCCAGUAUCGGCUCCAGUUGGCCCAGCACCAAUUCCAUUGCCUCCAGUCGGCGCUGCGGUCCCAUACCAAGCUGGACCAUCUGUACCAAUCAGUGCGCCAGUUGGAUCGGCUGUUCAGUACAAGGUUGGACCAGCUGCGGUAAGUGGGGUGGAAAAGUUUGUGGAAUAAAUGGUUUUUGGGUUUUUUGGUCAAAAAGUGUGUAGAAAAAAUGUACGUAGUAUAUGAUUUUUUUAAAAAUGUUGUUUAGCAUGCCGCUCCAAAAGCCCAGUCGAUUCCAUUACCUACAAACAGCAGUCACAGCGGUGACAAUCUUACUGCUAUCAACUCGAAGAAGGUCCAACGGUUCCAUGUUUCUGGUGUUAGUGCUGUUCAAGUAGGUUUUUUACUUGAUUUUUCAAAUUUUAUUUGAUAUUUUAAACGUCAGUUUUUCAAUUUUUAAGUUAAAGUUGGUAUGUAAAAUACUAUUUUUUGAAUUUUUAGUUAAUAUUUGAUACCUAAAAUAAUAAAUUUUGGAUUUGUAACCCAUUUUUUGCCAUUUUUAAUGGUUUUUUGACUUAUCUUUUGACACUUUCUUAUUUUUGUGCCUAAUUUCGAAAAAAAUUUAAUUAUUUUUCAGGCCGCUCGCCCUCUCCCCCGACCAGACGGAUUUGACGCUCGUGGACGUCGUGUUGCCAGAGCAGCACCAAAAGCAACAGUACCAGUCGUAAUUGAAAGCCGCAACAAAACGAAGGCCAAGGCUUUUGCCAGCGGAUCAGUUCAAUUCGCUAACGAUCCCAACAUUUGUGCCGGAUGCCCAAGCAGCGGAGGUGGAAAUCAACUCGGAUUCUUGUCGACUCUGGUUCAGAGCUUGGAUUUGGUAAGAAUUGUGGAUAGUUUUUUUUUAGUUUAUAUUGAAAAAAAAAAACAAAAUGUUUGAUUAUCUAGGAUUUUUUGGUUGUUUUUGUGGUUGUUGGCAGUGUUUUGCCGGACCGGUCCGGAUUUUCAAACAUUGCAAAAUUGAAAAUAAAUUUUUAGCUUAUGGUUUGAACUUUUAAAAAAUAAAUAACUUUUGCGAAGGUCCGUCUCAUACAAGUUCCUCGCUAAACAUUUAGACCGGCCGGACCGAAUCGGUCUUGCCGGUCCGGGCGGUCCAUUUCGGUAAUAACUUGAUAGCUAAAGACGGAUUUUCACAAAAGUUAUUUAUUUUUUAAAACUUCAAACCAUAAGCUAAAAAGUUAUUUUCAAUCUUGCAAUUUUUGAAAAUCCGGACCGGUCCGGCAAAACACUGGUUCUCGGAGGUGUUUGAAAGUAGAAUAAGGUAUAUGUUCGAAAGUAGAGUAAUGUUUUUUGAGGUUUAAGCAAGCAUUUAGAAGGUAGAAUAACAAGAAAAAGCGAAAAUCUUAAUUUUGUCGGAAGGGGGUGCUUUAUUAAAAAAAUUUCAAAAAAUGUGGAUUUUUUCUGAAUUCUUGAAAUUUUUUUUUGUUUUUGUUAUCUUUUUUAAAAAACGGGCUAGAAACGUUAAAUUUUGAUCAAUAAUCUAUUAUUUAUUUUGCAAACUAAUUAUUAAUACAAAUUUAUUAAUUUUUUUUGGAUUUUUGUUACAGUAAUUUAUAUACCAUACGUUUUUCUAUUUCAAUUUUUUUGGAGGCGUUAAUUUUUUUGAAAAUUCAUGUUUUUCAAAUACAUAAUUUUUGAUAAGAAUAAAAAGUUGUAUAUAAUCAGAAAGUUUCAUGUUGAUAUAUUAUCGUUUGUCAGAGUUAUGAUUAAUCGAAUAUGUGGAAAAUGUCAAAAAAAUAUCGAUUUUGGUUUAAAAAUAGUUUUUUCUUUUGAUAAGCUGUAUUUGUUAAAAUUAAAUUUAAAACUAAAUUAAAGUUUUAUGUUUUUUGACUUUUAAAAUGUGUAUAAAAUUAUCAGGCAUUGUGAUAUGAAGAUUAAAAAUUGUGAAUCAAUUUAUCUUUCUAUGCUUUAUUAAACAUACGAAUUCAAUUUUGCUCAAAAAAAUUUAUUUUGGUUAAAUUUGAAAAUUUUGAGAAAAUUUUCACCAUUUUGAUGAAUUUUGUGAAAAAACCUUCGAUUUUUUAAAAAUUGUCAAAAAAUUAAAACUAUCUAUGACUAAUUUUAGAACAAGCUCAACUCUCUAGCUAUCACCACACAAUUGCUUCAAACCUACGCCACCAACAACGACUACACCAUCGAAAUUAAUGGUGAAUUCUCUCCCAACGGUCAAGGCGGUACACCAUUCGGACCAUUCCCAAUGUACUUCCCAUACUCGCCUGGAUCCAAAAUGGCAGAGGUUUUGGUCAGCGACUACACGAUAAACUCUUUGUUCUACUGGCUUCAUCGUACUGGCUUCUUGACCUUCAGAAUCGGUCCAGAAACUCCAAAGAUUGGAGAAUUGUUAAGAACUACAUGUGCUGAUGCUGAUGACACGUUGGAGGAUCAUGGUGUGGAAGUUGAUGAGGAAUUGAGAAGGAAACAUAAGAGACAGACUGAGUAGGUUUAGAUUGUUUAGGAUAGAAAAAAACUUUAUUAUGAACUACGAAAUGGCAAGAAUUUUCUUUAAAAAACAAAAAACCGCAAGAACUUUCUUUACAGGACAUGAAAUGGCAGGAAUUUUCUUUACAAACUCAAAAAUAGCGAAAACUUUUAAUUAUUAAAAAUUCCAGGGUCUCACCAUACGCUGACUUUGCUCGUCUCCGUACCAAACGUCAAGACACUUCCUUGACUGAUCUAGGUAUCUGCUUCGGUGACAUUCUACCAGCCAUCAGAGAACGAUACCCAAAUCAACGUAUCGUUAUUUCCAUCAGAACUCGUCAAGCACCAUCUAUCGUACUGUCACAACGAAAUGGAGGUACAGUAACGCUGGAUUUGAUAGCAGAUGCCGAAAUUUACAUUGAAUCCACGAAUCAGCGUGUUGGAGCUAUCACGAUAUCAGCAGCAGCUGAUAUCAUAGUAUCGACUUAUGGCGGUAGAAUUAGUGGAAGCGCUCAAAUCACGAGGUUACAACUAAAUGAUUACGAAGGAACGUUGGGAUUACCUCAGGAUGCUUUGGACAAUUUGGGAUCAUUGGGCAAGGAAGUCAUUCAAAAGGUAAGGGUUUGAGUAUAUCAUAAUAUAGUGUAAAUAUAUGUUUGGAUUGUAUUGUUUUGGCUAUAAUUUUCUGAAGAGAAUAGGUGGGGAGUUGUAACGUUUUUUGAUUGUAGGAUAUACUGUUUGUUUAGGGUUGCCAAAGGUUUUAGUUUGUGAAUUUUGAAAAGUUACAGUAAUUUUAUGGUAAACUCAUUUUUUCGAUUUUUCAAAGCAAUUUUUUGACAAAGUUGAUGGUACUCAUUUCAUAAAGCUUGCAAAGAUGUAUUAGUUCUGAAAGGAUGAUGUUCAUAUUUUAUUCCCUGGCAGAUUUAUGAGCAUUUAAAGAAGUCGAAAAACCAAAAAAGUUCGAAUUCGGUUGGAUGGCUUGCAUUCUUUUCGGGAUUUUAAGGCGUUUUAAGCAUACCUUUUGUAAAAACACAGUAGAAUUAGUAUUUGUUGGGCAUUAAUGAUAUUAAGAUUACUUUUUUUACGAGUAUGUAGUUUGUAUAAGAAAUUAAAUCAACUUUGCUGUAAGAAUGUUUUUUAGUUGUUUUAAUUUUCGAAAGCUUUUUUGAUAAAUUUGAUGGGACGCAUUUUGUAGAGCAUAAAAAGGUGCAUUAGUUCUGAAAGUUUUCUGUUUAUACUUUAUUUUCUGGCAGAGUUAUGAGCAUUUAAAAACGUCGAAAAACUAAAAAAGUUCGAAUUCGGUUACAAAACGAGGGAUUUUUUGGGCUUUUAAGGCAUUUUUAGUUGAUUUUUUGACCAACUUAAAAAAACCUAUUUUUAUAACUAUUUUAGGUACUACGAAAAAUAUUAUUUUUUAGUUUUGGUUUUCAAAAGUUUUAAAUUUUUCAAAUAACUUUUAAAAUUUGAAUUUUCAGGCCGCAAACGACGCGCUUCAAAACGGAAUAGCCUUGAAUAUUCCGAGCGGAAUUGGUGGAUUGCCAAUUACCUUUGUCCAACCCGAAUUCCAUAUCGUCGAGCACGCUCUUCACAUCGAAAGCGACUUCACCGUGGAUCCAGCGGGACUUCAGAGUCUACUCGGUGGAGGCGGCGGAGGGUUCGGAGGAUCUUGUCGACGAUGA